AUGUGGAUGCAUCGGUUUCUGCUGUUCCUGCAAAAGACGAUGUUCAUGCGAGACAGAUGGGUCUCGAAUGCGCCAUUCACGCCCAACAAAACAAACAUAUCCGAAUGCACCAGUCACAUCUAUCUGAGUAGGGAAAUGGAGAUGAAGAACGACCUGUCCGGCUGGUUGAAUAGGAAGAAACGACCGGCUUGGAGAGCUUGUAAGAGCAUGGAGGAUGUAGUGGAACACCGUGCUCCCUUCUUCAACACCAUUGUACUUCUUGGUUUGAUCUAUGCUUCGGAAAUCUGGGUAUAUCGCAAGCAGGAAGAAAAUGCGGUGAGCGUCAUUGAACGCUCAAUUUCAAUCAGGAAAGCUACUAGUAACCUGCUGGAAGAAGACCUUGUGUCAAACUUUUCAACUCGACAUAACUGCGAGUGCUCAGCUACACAGCGAAGAGGUGGGCUAACAUUGUUGUCAUAUCUAAGAAGUUACUUACCACUCAUAAACCCCUUUCGAAGACCGAUCAGCGCACACAACCCGGACUCAACACCGAACCAUUCCUCGCAAUUUCGACUAGAGAACAGUAGCCGUCUUUGGGAACAAACGGAUUGUAUGCUGGAAAGCAGAUGA